AUGCUGGCCAAAUCGCUCUCCAGCGACUCCAAGAUCACCAUCACAUCCGUCUCCGAUCUCCAUUCACACUUCGACGAGCUCUUUACCGACCUCUUCGCUGCCGAAACAGAGCAUACGUGGCAGAAGAUCGAACGUGCACUGCUUCACAUCCAGGCCAUCACACGAGGAGGUGCCACCAAAUACCCGGAAUUCGUAUCUCUCCUCAAAGAUGCAGCGGAUCCCAUCAACAAUGCAUUGCUCUCGGAGAGGACCAAGCUGUCGGGGACGGCGGGGGAUCUGUUGAACUCGAUCGCUCCGAGGAUGGCAGAGAGGUUCGAACCGUUGGUCGGGAUGUUCGUACCGACGCUGCUGUUGAUCUGCGCAAGGACGAAUAAGAUCGCGGUGAAGCGCGCGGAAAAGUCGUUGCAUUUCAUCGUGCGACAUUGCAGAGCGCCAGGCGUGGUGGGGUAUCUGAAGGAGGCGGUGAGGGACAAGAGUCAAGGAUUGAGGGCUGUUGCGGUGGGGACGUUGGUGUUGGUCUUGGAGUGCACCGAGAAGGAGAGGUUGACGAGGAGGGUGGGUGACAUCGAAGCGUGCAUCAAGAGCGGUGCUACGGAUAGCCAUGCGGAGGUGAGACAGCUGACAAAGAGGCUGUUCGAGCUGUACGUGGAGGUAUGGCCGGAGAGGGUGGAGCAGUUUACCAAGCCCAUGACGCCGACGAUCAGGAGGUACCUGUCCUUGCCCAAGACCGGUGCGUUGCAGGUCGAGAUCCCUCCGCUGACGGAAGCACCAGCGAGAUCAACAACGCACGCAUCACGACCACCAACAACGACACACCACACCGUUCGUCACGAAGAAGCGCUUCUUCCAACAUCACACGCUCAGCAGCCACCACGCACAACCCCUGCAUACAACUUUUUCCCCGACCUCGCCAAAUCAUCGGCAUCUUCCUCCGCAGCAUCUACAUCGAAACCUCCAGCCUUUGCCAUGAACGACCCAUCCUACGCCAAGCGCGGUCUCUUUGCAGAUCAGAUCGCAGCAGCACGAAACGCACGUCUCGCCCGCAUGCCCUCCUUCAACUUUGACGACGUCUCCAAACCACCUGCAGAGAGCGGUCCUUCGAUGAAGAGGCAGCCGAGUUUCGACCAGCUGCGCUCUCAACCACCUACAGCACCGGGAACGACGUUCCGCGUGCCUAGAUUCGAUGUGGUCGUCGCACCACCUAAGCAGGACAGCAACGAUGGUCGUCCUCGAAGCGGGCAUAGCAACGAAGCCGCUUACAUGCAUCGAGACAUCAACGCCAACAUGCCAUCCUUUGCAGCUGCUUCCGGGUUGCACGGCAAGAGCGCGCUGCUGGCUGCCUACAAGCAAGCGUUUGUCGUCGAACCUCUUGCUGCAAAGACGACCCACGACCGUCAGCAUCGAGACAGAUCCGACAAGAAGCACAGCGACAAGAGACGCGAAAAGACCGUCACUGUACGAUUCGAGCCCGAGUCCACCGACAAGAACAACGAAGGUGCGCUCGCGGUAGACAGCGAAACGGAAGCGUUGCGCCGCUCAAAGUCCGCACCCUCCAUCGCCGCCCAGGCCAGCAACGACGCAGACAGCCCGACAGGUCCCACGCGACCGACCAAAGCUUCCCAGAACAAACACGCAGAAUGGGAAGACUCCGACUCGGACAGCGAUCAACGCCCCCACACGCCGCCGGAACGCAUGCUGCACACGCAAACGCCGAGAACGGGUGUCAAGGCGAGCAGGGUGCCCGCACAGCGAGUCGCAGCGCCAUCGGCGGUCAAGGUGUCGGCGAUGCGCGUUGCCGUGCCUACGCCGUCUGCGAAGAUCGCGGCGGGGAGGGUGGUGGUUGGCGGACAGGUGGAUUCGGUCGAGUCGAGCCCUGUGCCAAAGUCGAAGGUCGAGAGUCGCACGCCGCGAGCCAACAAGGUUGAGGUUGUGGUCGUCACUUCAGUCGACACGGAAGACGGACAGACACAGGCGGCAGAUGGAAACAAGGAGGUGCCAGAGGUGGAGGAAGUCAAGAAGGCGGAAGAGCUUGCUUCGACGGCAAAGAAGCAAGAACCCGUCAAGAAGGAGUCUUCAGCACCAGCUGUUGUCAAGAGACCCGCUAGCGCAACGGCACAGACCUCCAAGCCAACGGUGAAGCCCGUAGCAGCCAGGCCGGCUCCCUCUGCAUCUCUGGCAGCGAAAGCUCGUCUCGAAGCUAGAGCAGCCGCCAAGCCCACUUCAACAACCGUGGAUAGCAAAAAGGUCGUAUCGAAGCCAUCGGUUUCUGUGGCAAAGCCGGUGACCGUCCGGAAAGCCACAACCACCACCACCUCAACCAAAGCACCAGCUAAAACUUCCGCACCACCAGCCUCCUCCUCCACCACCAAAACGAGCAAACCGCUCGUCACCGCCAAACCACUCAGCUCCGCCACCACCUCCGCCAUGGCACGAGCCAAACUCGCCGCUACCGCCGCUCCCAAACCAUCCACCAGCGGCACGGCCACCGUUGCCAAGCCAUCAUCCACCACCACCAGCACCGCCACCACGAAGAAAUCAACCGAGAGCGCACCUCGCUCAUCGACGCUCACCGCAUCCACCGCCUCGACGCGCAACAAAGUCGUCCCCGCAGCCGCGGCGAAAAGGUUCCAACCCAAGCCGACCGCCGCUUCGACCGCCGCAGCGGGUGCUGCGGCAGCAGCGGUAAGGCAGAAGAGCUCGAUCGCAGCAGCGUUGGCGGCCAAGAGCAAGCUCGUGGGGGUCAGGGCGGGUGCGAUGGGCAAAGAAAAUGCGGUCAAGAAGGCCGGGGUGAGUAUGGCGGUCAAGAUCGAGAGGUGUAGGAGGAUCUCGGCGGUAGCAGCAGGAGGAGGUGCGGGGAAGGAUGCAGCUGAAGAACAAGACGUAGCGGUGGAGGAGACUGGAAAGAAGCGAGAAGGAGCAGAGGAGUCGGAUGCGGAGAAGGAGGAGGUUGUGGAAGAAGGUCCAGUUGAGGCAGAGAAGGUGGUGGAUGUUUCGGUGGAGACGGCGGCGGAGACAGAGGCUGUUGAACAGCAAGAGGCGAAAGCGGAAGCUGUCAUGGACGACAGCGUCGAAUCUACAGAGCUUGAGACCGAGCUUGAGGUCGAUCAAGUGUCCGUAGAGCAGGUUGCUGCUCUGACGUCCGAGCUCGACGCUAGCGCAUCGGAAUCGCAGAUCGAUACUCCCGACGAAGCAGAGUCUAUCGUCGACGAGUCGACCAACGAGACCGGGUCCGCAAACGCUUUCAGCCACGCCAUCUCCUCACCGCCUAGAGUCGUCUCCACGCCCGUCAAAAGGGCUCUUCCUCCCGCCACCGCCGCACCUACCACACCCAUCCGCACUCCACUCAGCAGCAAGGACAGCAACAUCCCCAAACACACCCCUCUUGCCACCCCUUCCCCCGUCAAGCCCGCUGCGUCCCCGCUCCUCCCUCCUCCACCGUCAACACGCUCAACUGCUCCUCUCCUGUCCUCCCCACUGCGACGCCCAGCUCAACCAGUGCUGGUGCCGGUGCAGUUCGAGCCCGAAUCGUCGUUCGAAGAGAGCGAAUCCGAAUCGGACGAGUCGACCGAAGAGCAGGAGCAGGUUGUUCAGCUGCACUUCGCAGCGAAGGGGAAGAGUCAGUUGCAUCAGGUGGUUGGGGUUGGGGGAAAGCAGUUGGUGUUGGGGUUGGAUUCGUCGGAUGAUUCUGGAAGGAUGGAGGCUGGAGAGGCGGACGAGACUGUUCUAUUGGAGUAA